GAGAGAUGUACGUAGAGGAUUAGAUUAACAUUUGUCGGCACACUCUUUUGUUAUACGACAUCCCGCAUCUAGAACACGACAGUUGACCAAGAAUUCCUCGAGCAUUGCCUCCUACCGACAUGCGCCCUGCCCUCCGGCAGACCAGGAGGCUUCUGAACGACCGACCUGCACUCCAAACAUCGAUACCAGCUUUCCUUUGCCCUACGCUUUAUAGAUCCCCGGUAGCUCAUGCACCACGGCGUAUACAAGACCUGCCGUCAUCAAGGAGGUUCUCGACCUACUGCCCACUAUCACAAGAGGCUGUAACAGCUACUACUCGAGAUUUUGCCGCAACUCCAGAUCUUUCCGAAUCGACACAGUCUCCCAACCGCAUCCGCCGUCCACUUCCUCGUGCCUGCCCAGGAUGCGGCGCGCCCACCCAGAUCUACGACAAGAAGGAGGCAGGCUUCUACCGCCUUACCAGGAACGCCGUUGCGCAGUACCUCGAAUACGACCCUGAAGCAAAAGCGUCACAGAAGGAGGACGAUGUCUAUACAAAGGCGCUCAAGCAGAUGGACCCCAGUGUCUUGGAGGAGAUUGGUCUUGAACCCAAUGUUUUACAAGAAGGCCGCGAAAUCGAUGCUGGUGCUCCCAAAACACCCGUAUGCGACCGCUGCCACGACAUCACCAACCAUCGGAAGGGAGUACCGAUAUACCAUCCCUCAGUCGAGGCCAUACAGCAGACCAUCGCCGAAUCUCCGCACCGUCGCAACCACAUAUACCAUGUCAUCGACGCCGCUGACUUCCCGAUGUCGCUCAUACCUACGCUCCAGUCGUCGCUGCGGAUACCCAAACUCCGGACCAAGAACCGCAGAGCAAAGCACAAGGGCUGGGUCGCCAACGACCGCAUCGCAGAAGUCAGCUUCAUAAUCACGCGAUCGGACCUUUUGGCGCGGAAAAAGGAAGACGUAGACGCCCUUAUGCCGUACGUCCAAAACGUCCUCCGCGACGCCCUCGGCCGCACAAACCGCGACGCCCGCCUGGGUAAUGUGCGCCUCGUCAGCGCCAAACGCGGCUGGUGGACAAAGGUCGUCAAAGAAGAGAUCUGGGAGCGCGGCGGCGCGGGCUGGAUGGUCGGCAAAGUCAACGUGGGCAAAUCCAACCUCUUCGAGGUCGUCUUCCCCAAAGGCCGCGGUGCAGACUACAAGGACGUGCGCAAGAUCCGGUCUGCCGCCGAGCGCGAAGCCAUGCUGGCGGCUGCACACUCAAUCGAGGAGCUCGCUUCCGUGCAGAAACAACUCGCAGAGGAAGACGCCGAGAUAGAGCGCCAGAACCAGAAUCCCGACGGAAAGGAGAGGGAACACCAACACAAACCCCCCACCGCGCCGGAAGACGAGCAAAUCGACGAAGAAGACGCAGACCUCGACCCAGACGCGCUCCUUCCCCCCGCCCAGCCAUUCACCCUCUACCCCGUCCUCCCCGUCGCCUCCUCCCUCCCCGGCACCACCGCCUCGCCCAUCCGCAUCCCCUUCGGCCGCAACCGCGGCGAGCUUAUCGACAUGCCCGGGCUCGCACGCACCGCCCCCGGGCUGGAAACCUUCGUCCAGCGCCCGGCACAGGACGAUCUCGUCAUGAAAAACCGCAUCACCGCCUCCCGCCACGUGCUCAAGCCGGGACAGAGUCUGAUUCUGGGCGGCGGACUCAUUCGCAUCACGCCCGUGACGUCGGAUCUUAUUUUCAUAAUACAUCCCUUCGUCCCCAUAGAUCCGCACGUCACGCGCACCGACAAGGCCUCUGCCUUGCAAGAGCAGGUUUCGGAUAGGCACGUAGAAUCCAUCCUCGCGCCCGACGCAGGCCCCAAGAUGCGUUCAGCGGGCCGCUUCAAGCUGCGCUGGGACGUCACCAAGAAGCUCGCCGGGCCCCUAACCUCGCCGGUCGCGGCCAAAAUGCGGCCCGAGAACCUUCCCUUCCGCGUGUUUGGGACGGACAUUCUGGUUGAGGGCGUGGGCUGGGUCGAAGUCAGCGCGCAGGUGCGGCGACCUUCGGGCUGGAAAGCACCCGGCAUGGUGAAGAAAGAUCCCAACGCUGCACGCGCUGCCAAGGUCGCUGCGCAAAAGAAAGAAGCUGAGGAGCUGCGGCUCAAGCGCGAGGCCAAGAUGCGCGGGGAAGUGUGGGUGAAGCCUAGGGAAGAAGCCGAAGAUGUGGAGGACGUGAUCGAGUUCCCGGAGGUCGAGGUGUUUAGUCCGCUGGGCAAGUUUGUGGGGCAAAGGAUGCCUAUGUGUGCGAGUGUGGUGUUGGGGCCGAAGCUGAUUAGUUCGAGGGAGAGGAGUGCGAGGCCGAGGAGGAGUAUGAAGAGUGUGAAGGCGCAGAGGAAGCCCGCGGAGAAGUAGACGGGAAAAGAGGAGAGCGAGGAGAUGUCAUACCCUGAGGCCUGUCCUGCCCGUCUUGUAACAACACCAUAGACUACGUUCGCUGUACGAUACGAUACGAUACCACGGCGGCGCAUAGCAUAGCAUCGCAUUACUUUGCACACAUGUAGAACAAACCGCCAGACUCAAAGUCAGCCUUGUAAGCCGCCCGGGAAGCUUUGUAGAUUAACCUGUAUAUAGCGUGGGUACCGUAUAACUCCAUACCAUC